UUCUUUGAGUGGUCUCAGUAGUGAAGCACAGUCGAGUUUCAGCUUAGAAGGAAGGGCUCGUGAAGCUUUUGUUGCGAAGAGAGAUCUAUCUACCCAGAGAGCGAGGUUGCUUGAAAGAUGUCGAAGGAAGUGAGUGAAGAAGGAGGAGCCCAUGGGAAGGACUACGCAGACCCACCUCCAGCCCCUCUUAUCGACAUGGGGGAGAUCAAGCUCUGGUCCUUCUACAGAGCCGUAAUCGCUGAGUUCAUCGCUACUCUUCUCUUUCUCUACAUCACGGUAGCUACCGUUAUUGGUUACAAGAAGUCUGGGCAGUGCGAUGGCGUUGGUCUUUUGGGUGUUGCUUGGUCUUUUGGUGGCAUGAUCUUCAUCCUUGUCUACUGCACCGCUGGAAUCUCUGGUGGUCACAUAAACCCAGCUGUGACGUUUGGUCUGUUCUUGGCACGGAAGGUUUCGCUGAUCAGAGCUGUGGCCUACAUGGUGGCUCAGUGUUUGGGUGCUAUUUGCGGAGUUGGGCUGGUGAAGGCGUUCAUGAAGCACGAUUACAACAUGUUUGGGGGUGGUGCCAACUCAGUUGCAUCUGGGUACACAAAGGGUACUGCUGUCGGAGCUGAGAUCAUCGGAACCUUCGUUCUUGUCUACACCGUCUUCUCCGCCACCGAUCCCAAGAGAAGCGCACGCGACUCGCAUGUCCCUGUGUUGGCUCCCUUGCCUAUUGGGUUCGCAGUUUUCAUGGUGCACUUGGCCACCAUCCCAAUCACAGGAACAGGCAUCAACCCAGCUCGGAGCUUUGGAGCUGCAGUGAUCUACAACAAAGACAAAAUCUGGGAUGAACACUGGAUCUUCUGGGUUGGACCAUUUGUGGGAGCACUAGCUGCAGCAGCGUACCACCAGUACAUACUAAGAGCGGCAGCCAUUAAAGCUUUGGGAUCGUUCAGGAGUAACCCUAGCAACUAAAAGAAGAAACCCAUCUUCCAUAAUACCCACCCACUUACCUAACUCCCAUCAGUGGGUUUUUUUUUUUUUUUUUUUUUUUUUUUUUUCAAAUUUGUCUUGUAUUUGGUCUGUGUGAGUGUGUGUAAGAGAGGAUGAGUUCUUCAUUUUUUUUUAAUCUGUAAUUUAUGUUUAUCUUUGCUUGUUGGGGGUGGUGGGUGAGAAAAAGGAUACUAUCUGUGUGAAAAAGCUGUAUUAUUAUUAUUUAUUAGUAAUGGUGAGGCAUCGUUUUCAUUUAUCUGUU